AUGUUUGGUGAUUGUUGCUAUCGUCGUGAAUUCAAGGUCGUCAAGAACGGUUUAUGUACCGAUGAGGCGCUCAGGCAGCAGAAUUUCGUGCUUUGGCGAUGCAAUUGCUUUUUCACUGGUCUAUGGUCUGGUACUGGCUCUCUCCAGGUGUCGCCAGCUAUCCGUUCUGCACUGUCUUGUUUCAGUGCGCCUCUGCUGGCUCCGUACGUCGUAUUACAGUGGAUGGCCAGGGCCAUGAUCGUUGUCUGCCUGAUGCAUGAAAAGCCCGACUUUGAUAAUGCAGGUGCCUCCGGCGAAAGGUCGUGA